CUCCCCAAUGGAUGAGCCAAUCAGCGUCUUGCCUUGUAAAAUUGACCAUGUAUAGAAUCAGGUCCAGUCCCAAGUCCAAAGCUUGUGGGAGCUGUUUGAUCAGUUGAGGGGAUGGAGCUCUAAAGUAGAUCCAGACUUUACACUGAAACUUUCAUGAUCCUGGGAUACUGUCUGUUUCUGCGCUAACCUAUGAAAAGCUAGCCACAUCGUAUAUAUACCCAGGUGCCCAAGACAUUGAAAUAUCAUCGAGUUCCUUCAGCCAAAGUUAGCCAACAAGAAAUAUCAAAGAUGACACCGACUCUCGCCCCAACCCCAGCAAUACUGGGCACAUCAAUGCUCGGCCUCGGCAUCUACCGCAUCCUCUCCCCGCGCCAAGCCUAUACUCUCUUCGGCCUCCCCUUCCCACAACCUCCGCGCGAUACCCCAUCCCCGUUCAUAUACAACUGCGCCGGCCGAGACCUCACACUCGGAGCAGCAUACCUCCUCUUGGGCGCCCAGAAGAACCGCGAGGGGUUGAGGGCACUUGUGCUUGCUACUGCGAUUGCAGCGCACGCCGAUGCACUCACUGUGUGGGUACAUGGAGGGGGUGAGUAUGGAGGGUGGAGAGGGAAAUGGGUGGGCCAUGCGCUUGGCGGCGUGCUGCUUGUUGCUGUAGCGUGCAAGGGGUGGGGGCUUUGAGUCAGGUUGGAGUUCUGGUUCGUUUUGCUAUGCUUAGCUCUGGAGCAGGUACAGCCUACGCCUCUGCAGGGCGAUUCUGCGUUGGGUGUCUCCAGAGAUUGUUCGCGUUUUUGGGGACAACCGUGCGGACAUUAAUGGCGUGGCAAACGAGGGGGAACGCUGGUCGAGAAUAGACGGAUCAACCCCUCUCCGAAGAAUAAGUUGUUUCUGUCAAUCAGGGAAGAUGCGCGUUGACUCGAGACACAUGUACUUAUCUGGAUCUUCUCCGGCCAUCGGCCUUGAGCUGACAGAUCUGUGUACGGACUCACCAUCAUCAUGAUCGUUGUCAGUUAGGCAAGAAUAGUAUUUGAUUGGAGUAUUAAGCUUAUAACCCCAUGUCCUUCUUGAAGAAUUCUAGUACCCGGGGAAUCGAAUGAUCUCCGCCACGACAUGAUCUUGCAAGGCUAGCACAUAAAGUGGCUGCCUUGCGGCGCAG